GAGAAGGGUUAGCUCGGUAGCCGCUAACGGUUUGGAACUCUCCGCAGCGCGAGCCCUGACAGCGGGGGUGGGGCGGAGCGCGCGGCACUGAGGAGCGAGAGAGACCGAGAGGCGGCGGCGGGGACUGGGCGGCCAUGGCCUACGCGUAUCUCUUCAAAUAUAUCAUCAUUGGGGACACAGGUGUUGGGAAAUCAUGUUUAUUAUUACAAUUUACAGACAAGAGGUUUCAACCAGUGCAUGACCUUACUAUUGGUGUAGAAUUUGGUGCUCGAAUGAUAACAAUUGAUGGAAAACAGAUAAAACUUCAGAUAUGGGAUACGGCAGGGCAAGAGUCCUUCCGCUCCAUCACAAGGUCAUACUACAGAGGGGCAGCAGGGGCUUUACUAGUAUAUGACAUUACAAGGAGAGACACUUUUAAUCACUUGACAACCUGGUUAGAAGAUGCUCGCCAGCAUUCCAAUUCCAACAUGGUCAUUAUGCUUAUUGGAAAUAAAAGUGACUUAGAAUCUAGAAGAGAAGUGAAAAAAGAAGAAGGUGAAGCAUUUGCACGAGAGCAUGGACUUAUUUUUAUGGAGACAUCUGCCAAAACUGCUUCUAAUGUCGAGGAGGCAUUUAUUAAUACAGCAAAAGAAAUCUAUGAGAAAAUCCAAGAAGGAGUCUUUGAUAUUAAUAAUGAGGCAAAUGGUAUUAAAAUUGGCCCUCAGCAUGCUGCUAGUAAUGCAACACUUGCAGGCAAUCAGGGAGGACAACAAGCUGGUGGAGGCUGCUGUUGAACCUAUUUUUACUUUCUAGCUUCCCAAAUGGGGCCCACUAACUUGUUCUUUCACCCCCCCCCCACCGCAGCUCAACUGAGACAUGAAACUAUUGUAAGUUGGUUUCAUGUGGCAGAAGAAGACUUUAUCCUUCAACUUCUUGUAUAACUUUGAAUAAAUGGUUAAUGUUCACUUAAAGACAGAUUUUGGAGAUUGUAUUCAUAUCUAUUUACAUUUGAUUUCUAGCUCAAUUGAUGUGAUUAUUUUUGUUAAAUGUUGUCUUGUGCCCUUGACUACAAACUGAAUUGUAUUAAACACUACAAAGUCAUCUGAGUAUUUUAAUCAGUUUGUGUAGUUAGGUUUCCCAGCUACUGUGGUUACCUAAUGUUUAAUAUUGUAGAGCUGUCCAAGUUUUUUGUCAAUUUUCAAGGCUAUAAAGAAAAGCAGAAGGACUCUUUUAAUUCUGUAUUUAUCAUUUACUUUCUGUAUAUAUAGUUUAAUAACCUGCUUGGGUGUAUUUGCCAAGCUAUAAUUCUUUAAUGCAUUUGCAUAAAUUCUAUACUAUUUAGAGCUUGAAAACUACAGAAACAUUAUUAGAAAUCGCUUGGAUGCUGAAUUUUAAACCUUUUUGACAUUAUUAGCAUGUUCAUCCUCUCUGCCAUUAUCCUCAAGUCCAAGAAAAAUGCUUAAUGUAUAUUACUGGAAGCUACAUAUGUGUUAACUAUUUUAAUGCCAAAUGUUCGCUGUUUUGUCCACAAUUUCCACAGCACCUCUUCAGAAAUGGAUAGUUGUUUGCCUUAAUGAAUACUGUAGGUAAAAACACAGUAUAAUGAAUGAAAAAUACAGGCGGAAUUGAUGCCCUUUUAAAAUGACACAUUAUGAAGACUGAUGUUUUUCUUUUUUUUCUUGUUUACUGCUUGAUUUCUCAGUAUAUUUUUCAUGCAGGACAGUUUUUCAACCUAGUUGUACAGUGACUGUGUAAAGUUUUCUUUCAGUGGCAACUUGUAAUCCUAAAUAUAUGGUAAGCAUCUUGUCUGUUGUGAAAGGGGUGUGAUAAAAGCCAAAACUGGAAAUGCUUUGGUACUUUACUCAAUGUGGUGGUUUAUUUUAUUUUUUCUCACAAUGAAAUAGUUAACAGUGCAAAAUAAAAUUUUGUGUUUAAGUAUUUAAACUGGUUAAGGUGCAGAAUAUUAAUGUUGGUCUGACUGUAAAUGCGGAAACAACUUCCCAUUAUUUUUCAUAUAUAUAUAUACACAUUCAGAAAUAAAGGGGUGACACCGAUGCUAGCUCAUGCUUCAUAUACCUCCCUAAAGAGAAGAAUUUCAGCUACAAGUUUUGUUUUAAUGGACCAGGAGAGACUGAGGCAUAAAUUGGGGGGGGGCACGGAGUCGCCCUCAAUUCACCUACACUUACUGUCAAGCUACAAAAGGGAACAUUAACAUCAGAAGUGAUAAUGCUCAAUCUGAGAAGCGUAACAUAGCAAUGGUUCUGAGAUUAAAUAAAGUUUAAAAGUA